AUGACUGUUAGCGGCACUCGAAGGUGGAGAUCAGAGCUGGGCAGUCAAAUCUCAGUGUUUCGUGAAGUGGCAUGGCGAUCUGGCUAUGGUGAUUGGGGCAUGAGGCAUGAGGCUUGUGCUUGUUUGUUGAGUGGGGUGGGGGUAGAAGGGCUGAUGGGCACAUGGGGCCGGCUUGUGAAGUUAGAUUCCCAUGUUGGAGGAGUUAAUAGUGCCCAUAACCAAGCUGUCAAGAAGAGUGAAGAUCUACUGAAGGAAAAGCAAUACAUUCAAAGUAUUUUGGUUAAGCAAUCAAAUAAAGAUAAACUUGAAUAUCAGGUUCAAUUAAAUGCAAUAGUUGAUUGCAUAAGAUUCUUUUUAUGCCGGGGAUUAGCUUUUCGUGGUCACGAUGAAUCUCAAGGUUCAAGUGAUAAAAGAAAUUUCCUUGAGCUUCUACAAUUUUUGGGGGAUCACAAUGAAUCUAUCAAUGAAGUGUUGCAAACAACUCCGAAAAAUUGCAAGCUUACCCACUCGGAUAUUCAAAAAGACAUUGUGAAUGCAAUUGCACGUGAAACAUCCAAAGCCAUCAUUAAGGAUCUUGACAAUGGGUUCUUUUCAAUAUUAGUUGAUGAGUCACAUGAUAUCUCAAUGAAAGAACAAAUGUCCUUUGUUCUUCGUUAUGUGAACAAAAAAGGAAUUAUUAUAGAGCGGUUCCUCGGUAUUAAGUGGCAAGGUUUGAAUCAAGAGACAAAUCUUAAACGCCCUGGUGAUACACGUUGGGGAUCAUAUUAUGGGAAUAUUCUUAACUUGAUUUUGAUGUUCUCUACUACUGUUGAUAUACUUGAGAUUAUUGAAGAAGAUGGCCUCUCCGACCAAAAAGUUGAAACUCAAUCCAUUAUGAGUGGGAGGCCGCGACACAACACUCAACAAAAUACAAAUUUACAUCAUUAUCGUGUUGAGCUAUUCUACAUAGUCAUAGAUAUGCAACUUCAAGAGCUUAACAACCGUUUUUCUGAGGCGAAUACCGAUUUGCUACUUUGUAUGGCUUGCUUGAAUCCAAGUAAUUCAUUUGUGGCUUUUGAUAAGGAAAAGUUGAUACGUCUAGCUUAG